AUGUCCGGUGCAGAGAUGCUGGUCCUCCAGCAAAGCGUCAAACAAUACAUCCUUGCCAGACAGACGCGUGAGUUGACUGAGCAUGAGUUGGAGGAAUUGGAGAAACUCAGGAAUCGUCUGUUACCCUCUUUACAACGAUACUCUCAGUCCCACUCGCAAUUGACGUCCUCACAGUCUUCUCCAGCGAUGCCACUCGGAGGAGGAGGAGGAGGAGGAGGAGGGGGAGGAGGAGGAGGAAGGAGCAGCUUGCUACUUCAUAGGAGCGGCACAGUGGAUAUUUCAAAGAGGGCUGCUGGUGUUUCUUCCUCCCAGCAGGGACGACUGUCCAUUUCACAGCAACAACAACAGCAGCAGCAGCAGCAGCAGCAGCUGGAGCGACACACUGGACGGUCGACUACCAAAACCCCAGUAUCAUACCCCACCGCCACCUCCUCCGGACGGCCAGUCUCAACGGCAACACAAAAGCAACAACCUACCCCCUCCCCACUUUCGAUAACAUCCAGUCACUCAACACUGAUGACCGCCGCGUCAAAGCCCGUCAGGCAACCUCUCGGUAGUCGGGUGAUAUCUCAGAAUACCAGUAGUGCCAUCUUGCAACCAGCAAUGUCAAAGUCCACAACUGCAGCUGCGCCCAAUACCUCUCGAGUCUCACUUGUGGCAAGAAUGGCCGCGCCCAACAAGAGCGACAAGAAGCGACCCAAGGGUUUCGCAGUUUACCAGGACAAAGAGAAUGAAAACGCACCCUCCAAGAGGCGUCGGCUCAAGGGUCAGGCUGGACACGAGUCGGAUUCUGACAAGGAGAACCGGGAUCCUCUUGCAGCCACUGCAUCCGCUGCCAUCGCCACACCCAGGAAAACAAAUGUCCUUGGCGAGAAGACCAACGUUAUCAACAAUGCAUUGAACACGAGAGUGGGCGUCAUGAAGGGCAAGGAGGCUUUGCGGAACAUUGUCGCAUCCAAGAUUGUCGACAUAGCAGCAGCGGCUCCUCUGGCGAUACCAAAGACUGCAAAGUCGACACGGCAAGAGCAGGAACAGCAAAGGCAGCAAAAGCAGACGCGUUUAUUCCCCUCUUCCGCCCCUACAGCGACUAAAGUGCCAGUCGCGAAACCUAAUUCGCAACAGCGAGUCAUUCCGAACGAUGAGCCAACAACUAUGGAAUCGCAGAGCAGAGAUUCGGUGGUUGAGAAAAGCAAGACCAAAGAUGCCCCUGAGCAAGGAGUUUCUCAUGGCCGCUUGCUACUCAACGUCAAACUAGAGCCUGUGGAUGUGGUCAAGUUGGAGCCCGCGACAACUGUGGAACGGCCUGUCGGGGCGAGAUCGCCGGUUCAGCAGGAGAUUGUCAGAGUGCCAGAGACUCCUCCUCGUGAUACUGUCACGGUGCCGGAAACUCCUCCCCGCAAAUCUGCUGGCAUUUCACAACAAAUCCCAGGGAGUGUGGAAGAUGAGGACUCGACAGGCAGUUUCGAGCGCUAUGUCAAGUCGGAGCAUGCUGACAAGAAGCUAGCCUCCAGGAAGCCGUCCACCGACUACUAUGAAAUCCCUUGUUCGGAGGCUUCGCAAGAAUCUAUUGGGUCAGCCUCUCUGGAGGAGACGUGUCCGAUGCCUGAGUUCUUACUGGAAGGAUUGCCAGAGGAUACACCCCAUGAUGAGGCCGAGGUGACGCUGGUGGACGACGUCAACCCCAAGCAGCCCAACCAUCACGUACCUGUUGCGUCGUUCGGUAGCCCUGCUAGUCCUACCAGAACUGUUUCACAGUCGAGUCGUCGCAACUCCACACUGGAGAGCACAGCCUUUGCGGACGGACUGUGGUGCAUCGAGGAUGUGAAGAAUCGUAUCGUUGGAACGGUUUGCGGCUUUCAGGACCAGUGGCUUGCAAUGGAGACGACCAGCCAUGUUCAGUUUUGGAAGCUGGAUAACGAUACGCCAUCAGUGAAGAGCCAGUGGGUGCGGUACAUCAAUCUCCCGAAGGCCUCUUCCCGGUCAAUUCAGAUCCUCUUUGCACCGGAUGACUCGUUUGCUGUGGUGAUGGAUGCUUCAGAGUGUUCUUUUACCAAGGUGCCAUUACAAGACUUGGAUUACUCGCAGCAGAGCGACGUCACGUUCCCUACAUAUGCGUGGACAGGGGUCAACCCUUCGCCAGGAUGCAAGGGAUUCAUUGUGGAGCAGGACUCGACCGAUGGUCACUUGAUUGUCGUCGCAGCAGAGGAGGCUGGGUCCAUUGGAUUCAUUUCUGUUCCUGACGAUGGCGACGAGAUUGAUGGUCGUGAAAUGUUGCACGCAAAGUCUGUGACCGUGCCUGGUGCGGAGGAGUCGGCGAGCUCGCUUGCGUUGAUCGGAAACACAUCUCUGGUUGCUGCCACCUUUGAAUCAACCGUCGCUAUUUGGGAUGUGAAUUCGCUUCAAGAACCGGUGUCAGUUGUGGAUACAUCUGGUCUCUCGCUCAUCAACCCCCAACUUGUUUAUGCCGCUGUACCACUCCAAUUCUUUGAACAGGAGAAGGUGCUUGGCAUGAAUCGCUCACUUCCCGCAACAUGGCCUGUCCUUUCCGUUUUCCGGGAAACUACGCAAUCCAACCAAUGUGCUCUUUACGCGAUGAAAGAUGGCCACGUUGAGCUUAUUCAUCAAUACCAGGGCUCUAGUUCGAUUUCAACUGCGUGUGCUUCGUCACGGUUCAUUGCAUGCCAAGUCAAGGCCAACGGCAAGGACGUUCUUCAACUGUGGGACAUCAGUAAACCUGAGCCUUUGAUCCAGUUGUCUCUUCUAGAGCCACCGUCGCUUGCAGAGGUCGCUACACAGCGAAGCAUCCAGCAGCAGAGCCUUUGGCUUCAGCAGGUGACCUCUGCUAUCAAACAGGAGGAGAAUGAGACUGGAUGUGGGGAUGAUUUAGAUGAUAUCUUUUCAUCGGUGUCAACCCUCUCGCCCCCACCUGAGGAUUUGUCUACACCGCCCCUUCCAUCCAUUGACACUGAGCCUGAAGCAGCUUUGCCUUUGUCUGUGCCCUUGCCUGAAGAGCGGACGCCAAGCCCUGUGCGCAGACGACCGAUCGUCAAUGUCGAUGUCCGUCGGCGCUCACAGUCACAGAGCCAAUCUGGGCGUGUCUCCCGUGCCCCGACAGAGUGGAUCGACUUGACGUCGAUCGCGAUUAUGGAGCGGAAGGAAGUCAGUUUCUCGAUUCAUGCUAGUCAGCAAUGGGUUACUAUUGUUCAGAGGAGUCCGAUGGUGAAGUCACCGUCGGUAGUCCAUAUUCUUGAUCUCAUGUCGAUCCUUUAUCCCUCUUCUACCACCUCAUCCCCAUGA